GCGGUCUUUCAGCCAAACCCUCCAUGACGAUAGCCAGCGCGUGUUCUCGCCAUGGGCAUCCUAGGACUCGGUUGUGACUUUGUUAUGGUAUCCCGAAUCCUCCAGCUUAUGAAACGUAGAGGAUCCGACCGGCUGGCCUCCCGUAUUCUUAGUAGGAAGGAGAUGUCAGAUUGGCAACUUCAGCUUUCGCGCUCGCAGGCGUUCGAUAGUAUUGAAAAUGCCCGUUUUCUGUCGGUGCGCUGGGCAGUCAAGGAAGCUUCCUACAAAGCACUGUAUCCUGAUUUCAAACCUACUUGGAAAGAACUCACGUACCGAAGUAAGACAAAAAAUGGUUCGAGACCUUGCCUCAUUUAUACCCCUCGAACCGAACCGAUCACACCAGCACGCUCUUUGAAGUUGCAUUGUUCAGUGACUCAUGAUGGGGAUUUCAGCUUCGCCACUGUGCUUGUAGAGAAUACGAGCUCGUAACCACAUUGAAAUUCACCGUUCAACGGGAUAUGUAAAAUCCCGCAGAGACAUCCUCCUGCCUUUACGAACCAAGACCGUCCAUACUGUCGGUCGAUACUGUUUACAUGGCGGAAUAAUAGAUUCUUGAAAUUCAGAACGAUUGUGAUGGGUGUUUCAUGA